GAUGUAUUCAUUUCAAUUUUAAUAUAGGCAGUGAUGGCCACAGAUAAUGGUGAAGAAGUUGAAGAGAUUGUGAUUGAUCAAGAUUCAGCUGUCAUAGAGAUAAUUCACAAAAAAUUAGCUGAUGUUCCUGAUUUGACUAAAUGUGUAAAUGCUGAGCGAUUGGUUUUUCGAAGAAAUCAAAUCUCAGAGAUCAAGAAUUUGGAAAACUGUGUCAAUGUAGAGGAAUUAGAUUUCAAUGAUAAUCAGAUUCAUACCAUUGAAAACAUUGGACAUUUGACUAAGCUGAUUGAGCUUGAUUUAAGCUACAAUAUUAUCUCCCAUAUUGCCACAUUAGAGAAUCUCGUAAAUCUUACUCAUCUCUACUUUGCCCAAAAUUCAAUAUCAGAGAUCAAGGGUAUUUCAACUCUUGUCAAUCUGAAGUACUUAGAACUUGGUGCCAACAAGAUCAGAGAAAUUGAAAACUUAGAAAAACUUGUCAAUCUAGAAAAACUCUUUUUGGGCAAAAAUAAGAUUACUAAGAUCCAAGGACUGGAAACAUUGACUCAUUUGAGAUGCCUGGACAUUCAAGCUAAUCGCAUUGCAAAGUUGGAGAAUUUAGAAAGCAACACUGAGUUAGACGAACUUUAUCUUAGUCACAAUGGUAUCUCUCAGAUAGAAAAUCUCGACAGCAACCUUGAUCUGAGUACUGUAGACCUCUCACACAACAAAAUUGAGUACCUUGAUAACCUCUCUCAUCUUGCUAGUUUGUCCGAACUUUGGAUGAAUGACAACAGUAUAAAAUCAUUUGAGGAACUGACGAAAAUUGAGAAGCUAAAAGAGAUCGAAACUGUUUAUCUUGAGCGUAAUCCUAUUUAUGAAGAUACUAUGUAUAGAAAAAAAAUUCAACUCUAUUUACCAAACAUUAAACAGAUUGACGCUACAUAUGUUAGGCUUUGAUUUUUAUUUGUUGAAGUAAGUAUUUGUUGCAUAGUAGGCCAGACGAUUGUAGGCCAGAUUUGUUGCAUAGUAGGUUAGACGAUUAAUGAUUUUUGCUUAUGUCUAUAGGUUCAUUUUUAUGAUAAAAAUUCAUUCUUGUAAGCUAACCCAUUCUUUUGGUGGUUGAAUUUUGUAAAUAGACUGUCAUUCAUUUGUUUCCACUCUAAUUUUAUUAAUGUUGACACUUUCAGCACACUGCGUUUCCUUAUUGAAACAAGAAAUUCACCUGGGUAAUUGUGUAUGAUUGCCAACUUGCCUAAUUAAAA